AUGCCAAGAACUGUUGAAGCUUUGUUGGAUGGAGCUGCUGCUACUAAACGUGAGGUUUCUGUUGCAAAUGUUGGUCAGGUUGUACAGAGUACAGGGUCAUCAUAUACUUUUUCCCUUUCACAUUUUCUCAAUAGUUUCUUUAAGGAGGAUUUUGAUGAGUUUGAGGAUGUUGAUAUGUUAUACAACACCUUAUCACUAGACAAAGUAGAAGCUCUAGAAGAUCUUGUUAUCAUUGGUCCACCUGGCCUCGUUAAGGGCGUUGGUGCUACUGUUUAUGUCUAA